CUGCGCACCAUGGGCUCAGCCUCGUCCAAAGCUGCACGGACACUUCCAAAAUCUGUCGCUAAGCUACCGCCAUCAUGGGCAGGUGCCAGAGCACCAGGUCUCACAGAUGCUUUACCUGCAGGUGCCCACGAGUCACAGACUCAAAGACCACCGCUGGCAAGCGAGACGAGAAACGAAGCCAUUGAAAGAGAUGCUCGGGACCCGCAGCUCCUGGCCAACUUGAGCCGGCUGGGCCCUGUGAAGGUGGACCACCAUAUGCAGACCGUCAGGACGACGGAGUACGUGAACCAGGCGUUCCGCUCGCGUGCGCAGUCUGAGACGGAGGCCGCAUUGACGCGCAUGCCGAAGAAUCGCUUGCUGGCGGCGUCGUUGGCGGAUCUGCUGGAGGAGCGCCGGUUCGUCACGACGCGCGGAGAGCUUGAGGAGCUGGCUGGCAAGUACGGCGUCGACGUGGAGAAGUUGGAGAGCGUUGCACGUUUCGUGAACAGUCCCAGUGUUGACGAGAAGGACAUUGUGAGGGUGGUGGAAAGCAACGGGGACGAGGUGGUCACGAUGAUGGCCUCGUGGAAGGAUCCGGUAAUAGUCAACGAUCCCAAUGCGCGGAUAGCCUCUGGUUGA